UGGAUCUCUACAUGCUAUGGAUUUGAUCCCGUCCGGUGGAUAGUACGCUGCUGGCGUCCACACACGGCAGCCAGGUACUUCAGUCCGCUCACGUUCCCGUCGCUCCUCACCAUGUCGGUAAUAAUGUGCUCGGUGCCGCCGUGGGGAGCGCGUCCCUCUGAUCCUGCAGAUAGAUGGAUGUCAUAGACCGGAGAGGGAAGUUUUCCUUCUGGACCUGAGGCUACAGGCGGAUCUCUGCACGGCGGUUUACACGUUGUACGGCAUGCUACUGUGAGGCCGCUGCAUGAGGCAGCCUGGACGAACAUGAUGGAAGAGGCUGCCAGUCAGCUCGAGAGAGACCAUGUGCACAGCGUCUAUGACAAGAUUGCUCCAUAUUUCAACGACAGCCGCUAUAAAGCCUGGCCCAAGGUGCGACAGUUCCUGCUAGACCUGCAACCGGGGAGCAUCGUGGCUGACAUUGGUUGUGGCAAUGGCAAGUAUCUCCACAUCAAUAAGGAGGUGUUCAAGCUGGGGUGCGAUGUUUGUCGCCCCCUGGUGGACUUUGCCUGGAGCCAAGGACACGAGGUCCAGAUGUGCGACGGGCUGCAUUUGCCUUACAGAGACGGCUGCUUUGACGCUGUGCUCUCUAUUGCAGUCAUCCAUCAUUUGUCCACCAAAGAACGUCGUAUUCGAGCAAUAAAGGAGAUGGCUCGCACCCUGAGAGUGGGUGGACGCAUCAUGAUCUACGUUUGGGCCAUGGAGCAGAAACGUCGUAAAUUUGAGAAACAGGACAUCUUUGUUCCCUGGAACCCGAACCCUCAUUCGCCCUCCACCAGGGAGAACGCCAAACCCCGAAGGAGGGCCACGGCUCAGAGUGUGAGCGAAGCCAUAGACAACGCCGACAAGCACAGGAAGGUUAGAAGCACAUCCUCUGUGGCAGACGAGGAAGACGCGCCCUGCAACACGCCACAGCAGAGCACACAGAGACUGUGGUUCUUCUCCAGGUCUCUGGAUUCUGUGUUCGACUUUGGAAGCUUAGCCAUCUCCCGGUCGUCCUCCAGAGACCUGAGCACUUUAUCGUCACCCACAGGCGAGAACGACAAGAACAAGGCCAGCCAGCGUGGGAGAAGAAGAGGCCUCAUCAAACAGGUUUCGAGCUUCUUUUCCCCGCCGUCUGUGAUCGGAUCAGAGGAAGACGUGUUUGACUCAGUCACAGACCUGCACAAGGGACAAAAUGAUCCUGGAGGCAACAACAACAACAACAGCAGCACAGAAAACCCAAGUGUUUCAGUAUCUUUAGCCCAGGAGUGUGGCUCUCUGGCCCUGCCAGAUUUGGUCCCUUUCCAGAAGGAGCACCUGAAGCAGUCCGAAGAUGAAAGUGAAGGAGGGCUGCAGCGAAAAGAGCAGCAGGAAAGCACAAGGAGUCCUCAGGGGAGCGAGGGGCAGGUGGAGGGCUCCUGCCUGAGGUACUAUCACGUCUUCAGGGAGGGAGAACUGGCAGAGCUGAUAGAAAAUCAUGUCGAGGAGCUUCAUGUCCAACACACCUACUUCGAUCAUGCCAACUGGUGUGUGGUGGCAGAGAGAGUUCAAUUGUGGAAAAUAUGAUUUUAACUUGAUUUUAUUUUGCAUCAAUUCUGCCUCAAGUUUUAGCACUGAAUCGCACAUUCGAUGAUUAUUACACUCCUGUGACUGUAAAGUGAAUAAAUGUACAGAUGAAGCCAUUGUUGAAGGUACACUAAACACUUAACUACUCUGCUACAAUGCUUUAACAGUUUGCAAAAUGUAAUUUUUUUUGUCUUAAGUUUCUGGUAGUCCUAGACAAACAGCAUAUAGACAAAUGGCAUCAAAUGUGAUUUUUAAACGGUAACACUGAAAUGGUUUUGCAGGAGAGGAUGUGUUCAACAAUGGCUUUCACUGUAUACUGUACCACGUUUUUAAAGUAUUUAUUCUGUCAAUACAUGAAACCAACAAGCAGUAUCUAGAUAUCCUUUGUGUCUUUUAGUAUCAACAAUUAGUUUUUACUCAGUGCAGCUAAUAAUUUAAACUCUUUUAAAAGAGCAUUUCUGCAGGAGAGAUGUUAAGAAAUGCACUGUUUCUCUCUCUUCGGACUUUUAAUAUUAGCCAAAGAGGAAUUUGUGAAACCACAUUACACUCUUCCACCCGAUGUUUUAAUGCAUUAAAUAUAGUGGAAACUUCAUACUUGAUUGUUGGUGUCUGCCUGUUUCUACAAUUACAUGUCCUUAACUCUGAACAUGAGCUAUAUUUUUAGCACGUAUCUGGUAUGGACUUAUUGGUGGCGCUCUUUGUAAACUGCUCAUGUGUAAUCUAUCAUAAGAAGAGCUCAAAGUUGUGCAGAAUAUCUUCCAACACGUUUGUGCAUUUACUUGUUGCAUUUUAAAGAACAUGUUGCCUGUGUGUGUGUGUGUGUGUGUGCGUGCUUGAUGUUUGUAAUAGUUGUUUACUGUCUUGUGUUGAAGUAACAAGCUGAACUGUACCACUGAUUUGUUUCAGCCAAUCAACUGCCUCAUAUACUGUGAAUAAACAUUGCACUGUACCACAAGUAUGUCGCUGCUUGAUGUCAGUGAAUGACAUAAAAAUAGGUGGAAUCUGAAACAUACUAAUGUACCCUUUGUGCCAAGGCUGGUGCGUAUCCUUAGAAGUACAGUAUGUGUGGACCAACUGUUUGUUCUCAAGUGACACUGGUACCUUAUUGUCUUAUGUGACCUGAUGUAAAUACUCUGGAGUCUGAAUUUGUUUUUCCUUAUUAAAUAUUUUUGUUCAUGA